AUGGACGACGCCGGAUGCCCGAUGGAGACGGACACCCCGGCGAAGACCAAGCUGCGCCUCUACAACCGGUUCAAGCAACGCGAGCACCGGUCGCUGCUCCGGUCCGAGACUUCGCAGCUUCGGCGAAGCAUAGCCGCGCUCCACGCGCAGCUCGGUCGACUGCAGGCGCAGUCAUCGACGACCGCGCUCUCGUGGCAGGACGUCGCCGCCGCACUGCGCGACGCCGCCGCCACGAGCCUCGUCGAGCAAGUCGAUCUUCAAGACGUGCAGCGGCGGCGGCAGCGCUUUCUCGCUGCCAUGACCCAGUGGGUCGCGCUCCAUAGCGUCCAGCGUGGGCUCUCGACGCAGACUACGUGGCGCGAGGUGUCCGUGUUGUCCGACCCGCUGACGCGACUCGCAAGUCUCGACUGGGUCAGCCAGAACCUCUAUCACAACACGGACGCUGUCUUUGCGACGUUUGGCCUCUGUGGGCCGAACGCUGCGAUGCGCAACCAACGCGCGUGCAAGUACGAGGUGCUUGAGACCGGCACGAUCCAGCUCACUUGGCACUAUCAUCUUUUCGUCAACAAGUCCCUCGACGACGUCGCGCCGCGCGUCAAGGCGCUCUUCUGGGCUCCGCGUAUGCAAGGCCGGUUCACGCUACAGCCGCCGCCUGAUGUUUAUGUGCACUGUCUCGAUGCCGAGAUGCUGGCUGCGACGACCAUGGAGUACAAGCGCGUGCAGCGGCGCGGUCUUGAGCCGUUGAACGUAUUGGCGCGCGAGUUCAAGAGCAUGAACCGACGAACGCUGGUCGGGCGCUCGAUUGCAUACGACGAGGCGUGGCCACGCGCGGCGCCAGUGCUACGCCACUGCAACGUCUGGGUGCUCUGCGAGCGAGUGUCGCCCACGCAGACGCAAGUGCGCAUUUUGGCCAUGUCCAACGACGAGGCUGCGUCGACGCUGCAGCUGUCGGACGCCGAGAGUGAGCGCAUGGGCGCCCACAUUGCCCAGCUCGGCGACGUCCUGCACGGCAACCUCGUCGAUUUGGUCGUCGCGGACCACUAA